AUGCCCGUCUCCUGGUCCGACGGCGACGACCGGGCCGCACAGUCCCGGAGGAUGGUCCCCGCCCCCGAGCAGCCGGUGCUGGCCAUGCUGGACAGCCUGGAGGGCGCGCUCGACCGGGCAGCGGCCGAGGUGGCCCGCGAGCGCGCCGCGCUCGGGCGCCUCCUCCGGCAAACGGCCGCCCUGCCCGGGGCCGGGAGUCUGAGCGCCCUGGGCCCGGGGGCCUCGGCCGAAGAGCUGGCCGGCCUGCUGCUGGGCUUGCCCGGCGGCCUGGUAGACUUCCUGCUGGGGCUGGACGGGGCCGGCCCGGCGGCCACCAGCCCAGCCGUGGAUGUGGCCGUGCCCGGCGCCGCCGCUGCUCCCGGCGCCGCCGUCAUCACCACCAUCACCGGUGCCCCCGGCCCGGGACCCGCGCCCGGUGUGCACCUGUUCGGCCGGGAGAUCGAGCGCCUCUGGCGCGCGCGCCAAGCCGCCACCGCCAUGGCAGCCGGGUCCCCGCCCGGCCGGCGGCCUCCCGGCCAGGAGGUCCAGCCCGCCGGGCCCGGCUUGCCCGCUUGCCUGGAGCCACUGGCUGCCUGCUUCGAGGCGCUGGCUGGCGGCGCGCCGGCGGCCGCGGCCCUGGUCCGCGCCAUGACGUACAUCCACGCGGUGUGGAUCGUCGACCGGGAGUCCGGCGAGCCGGUGUACAGCCAGAUCCUGCGGCCGCUGCCGCCGGCCCCGGCCAGCCCCACCGGCCCGGCGCUCAAGCAGCUGGCCGCAUGCACCACGGCCGAGGCCCUGUCCCGGACGCUGCUCGGCCAGGCGGCCGCCCAGUGGGCCCCGCCCGGGGCCCCGGUUCCCACCUGCACGCCGACCCUCUAUGGGCCGGUGGUCGGCAUCUCGGCCCUGCUGGUCCCCGGGUCUGAGUGGGUGUUCGCCGUGCUGCCCCUCUACGCCAGCCCGGCCGAGGCGGACAGCUAUCACUCGCUGGCCCACCCGGAGAUCUCGGUGGCCCAUGGCUUCCUCCGGAGCCUGCGGUCCUAUGUGACGCUCUGCUUCUCCCGUGACAAGAGCGCCGCCUCCUCCUUCGGCACCCACCAGGAACGCCUGUCGCUAUGGCUGCGGACAACCCUGCCACGGGCGCUUCCCUUCGGCCGACUGAUCGGGUCCUCGGCCCUGGGCCUGGCUUUCAACCGCUUUGCCCUGCCGCCCCAGUCCCCGGAUGCCGAGUGGGAUCUGACGAUCGUCAUUCGCGAGCGCGUGUGCGGGCAUCUGUACGCCAGCCCGCACCGGCCCGAUGAGCACGCCAUCCGCGGGGCCAUCUAUGUGCGGUUCUCGCCGGGCUCGCAGUCACGGCCGGCCGGGCUGGCCGCCCCCCGGCCGCCCCCCUGCGAGGUGACCCUCAUCCUGCGGAAUGUGGCCUACCUGCGGGACGCCCUCUACUCGCGGUGCGUGACGGCCGCCGAUGAGGGGACACGUUCACGGCCGGCCGGGCUGGCCGCCCCCCGGCCGCCCCCCUGCGAGGUGACCCUCAUCCUGCGGAAUGUGGCCUACCUGCGGGACGCCCUCUACUCGCGGUGCGUGACGGCCGCCGAUGAGGGGACCAGUGCCGCCGGCGGGGGCGACUCCCGCCCAGGCGCCGGCGCCGGCGCCGGGGCCGCCUCGCGCACCAUUGUCUUCAGUGUCAGCGGCGAUGCCGGGUCAGGCACGGCCCUGGCCGAGGAGGACACCACCCGCGACGACUGGACUCGGCUGUCGCACUACCACGUCCAGCUGCCAGCUCAGCUGCCGGCCCUGCCGAUCCUGGGCUUCUACCAGAUGAGCAUCGGAAGAGCACACGUGGCCGAGGAGGACACCACCCGCGACGACUGGACUCGGCUGUCGCACUACCACGUCCAGCUGCCAGCUCAGCUGCCGGCCCUGCCGAUCCUGGGCUUCUACCAGAUGAGCCGGGCUGGGCCCACCGCCGUCCGGUUCAUGGCGCAAAUCAAGUUCAACAGCAAGGCCCUGCAGGGCCUGUCUGGCGCCCGGCUCCACAGCUGCCGGGUGCUCAUCCCGGUCAUCGGCAACACCCCCAUCGCCCGGGUCGACUGCAUUCCCUCCCACGGGUCGGUGGUGCUGUCGCCGGCUCCGGGCGGUGCCUCCAUGCUGGUGUGGAACCUCACGCAUCCCUUCCCCCUGGAGCCGGGGGUGUCGGGUCGGCCCCAGGCCGGCGAAGCCGCCCUCCAGGGCUCCAUCCACUUUGCCCCGAGCCUGAGUCUCCUGUCGCGGUCGGCGCCGGAUGGCGCGGCCCCGGUGGCCUCGGCCAUGGCCACGGCCGAGCCCGGGUCCGACAGUGCCCCCGCCUUCGGGCUCGGGGAUUUCUUCAUCGUCCGCUUUGUUGUCGCCUCGGCCGCCAUGAGCCGGGUCGAGCUGGGCGAAGCCAGCGUCCGGCCGCUGGCCCCCGGUGCCCCGGCCAUGAAGACACGCAUCCUCUUCAGUCGCGAGGUUGUGUCCGAUGACAACGAGGAUGCCGCGCUGGAUGGCGAUGUGCAGCCGGUCCUCAACCCCGAGGCGCAGCCGGUCCAGCGGGCGGAGUUCCGCGUGUGGAAUUCCGUGGAGCCGCUUCAGCCCAGCGGGGCCACCGGCAUCACGCCGCACCUGCUGCCCUCCAUGCGUGCGCUGCUGCUGGAGAAUACCAAGGAGGCGGUGGCCGGUGCGGCUGGUGCCGGCGGCCGGGCUCCGGCCCCAGGCUCGGGCCCCAGUCCGUCGGCCGACAACCCGGUCGCCGUGCCCGCGGGCUUGCCAGGGCCUGCCGCCAGCACCGAAGCCUCGGAGGAUGAGUCCUGGGACGACGCCGGAGCCGAGUGGCCCGGCGUGGCGCAGGACUAG